GGAGAGGUGGAGUCCACAAUGAUCAGCAUCAAAUGCUUAUUGGGAUUCGCACUGUUGCUGAAUUCCAAGAUCCACAACCAUCCAUUAUUAUCUUUCCUUUAAAUUUAAAAACAAUUGUUUCAAAAAUUAAAACUAGAUUUUCCUAUUUUCCCUUUCUCUGCAUCCCUGUUGGCGGAGCUCUAAGCCAUCUCUUGUCUCUCUCGAGAGGGGAAAGAGAGAGAGUGUGUGUUUCGGUGUCACAACGCAAAGCAGCGUACCCCGCAACCCAGAAAGUAGCAAAUGCCAAAUGGUAGUUCAGUAUUAGCAUUGUAGCGUAGUGUUGGAGAGAGAAAGAGAAAAAAAAAAAAGCACUACCGUCACCACAACCAACUAGGCCUCGGUCGGAAAGUUGCUACUAAAAAGGUUUCACCUUCUGGGUCACUCUUUACUUUUCUGGGAUCUCCAUUUUCUGAGCUGAAGUCUGAAUUUUUGGAGGAUUUUGAUCGUGGGAUUUCUUGUUGCUUAUUCUGGGGUGUCACCAAGUUCCCUUAAUCAACUGAAUAUCGAACCUUAUCUGGGUAUUUGGCCUUUGAUUCCUGUUGGGUAUUUCUUUUUUUUUUUUUACUUUUAAUCUGUGUGGAAUCUGAAUAAUUUUGAUCUUGGAGGGUACCCUGAAUCGGUGAAUUGGCGUUGUUGUUUUGGUUUAAAGAUGGUUGCUGAUGCUAGUUGUGGCUUAAGGUGAUUUAGGGAAGUUUUUAGAUAACGGUAUAAUAAGGAUGGCAGCACAGUCAAACGCUGGAUUUCACAAUGAAGAUAUAGAUUCUAUUUUGAACAGGCAUGCAAUAUCAUUUCAACCUGGUGGUGCUAUUAACCGUUUGUCUGAGAUGGUUCCAAUGGGAAAUUAUUUUGGGCUAAGUAGUUCGUCUGGGAUGAUAUAUUCUGGGAAUUCAAGCAUCAUUAACAGUAAUCCUGUCAUGAGUCAAGCUGGUAAUCCAUCCAGUUCUUCGCUUCUUCUCGAUUCGGUCCCGGGGCUGAAGCACGACACAGGGUUGGCUGUUGAGUGGUCUGUUGAUGAACAGUACAGAUUGGAGGAGGGCCUUGCCAGAUAUGCUGAUGAGCCAAGUAUCAUGAGGUAUAUCAAAAUUGCUGCCCUGUUGCCUGAUAAAACUGUUCGUGAUGUUGCUUUGAGGUGUAGAUGGUUGACAAGAAAGCGGAGGAAAUCAGAAGAACACAAUCUGGGAAAAAAGGUCAACAAUAGAAAGGAUAAGCCAGUGGAAUUAGCUUCAAAGACAAAUUUACAUUCAGCUCUGCCCUCAAGCAUGGCUACGUAUUCUCGCAUUUCACACCAUAUGGACCAAAGGCAACGGAUACAAUAUGAUGGUAUAUGUAGCCCUUUGAAGCAACUCAUGGAGCAGAAUGCUCAAGCUUUUAAUCAAAUCACUGCCAAUUUGUCUACUUACAAGUUGCAGGAUAACAUCGACCUCUUUUGCCACACAAGGCACAAUAUUAAUACCAUUCUUAAUAAUUUGUGCAGUAUGAGUGAGAUGCCUGGCAUUAUGAGCCAAAUGCCGCCACUGCAAGUUAACAUUAACGAAGAUCUUGCAAGUAGUAUUUUGCUUAAUAGAACAUAGAAUAUCAUAUAUCCUAAAAAGUUGAUUGGUUUAUGCAUUGCCAAUUCAAGCGGGCAAAGCGCUGACUCCAUCAACAUUUCCAACACAAAUUAAAGUGAAUCAGUGUAGAGAGGUUCGCAUUCUUAGCUGCAACUGUUUUGGUGCCACAUGCCAUUGAGGAGCUAGGGACUAUCUCAUGACUUUCCAGAGUUUCUAAUCCAUCUUUGAUCUUAUUGCUCCCUGCUUUAUUAUUUCAUUUGAAGGAAACCUUGGAACUCCUAUUGUAUAAACAAAACAUUUUCCUUGCAAAAAAAAAAAAAAAGAAAAAGGAGAAAAUAGGAAGCGAUUAAUAUAACAAUGGUUUGAGCUGAAUGCACCUUAUUGAUUUCAGAGUGCAGGUGUUUUUCUCAUGCCAUAGGAACUAUUGUAGAUCUAUUUAUGCUAGUUUGUCAUCGACUUCAAAUUUAAGUAAUGGUCAUAUUUAACAGUUGAUAGCUGUUGUGUAAUGUGUGAAGGUAAAUCAUUAUUUACAUAAUUUCUUGGUUGUA